AACCUCCUCACUCAAACCAAUCCAUUUUUCCGAUCUAAAUUUGCAUUUACGCUCCACAGCUGUUGGUCAUUCAGAAAUCUUUAGGCAAUUGAGGGUAUGGUGAGUAAAGGAGUAGGUCCAUGGCUAUGCAUAAUCUUGGUGGGGUUAUUAAGCCUGCUGACCACUGAAGGUUAUGAUGUUGGUCUCACUUUUCUUGAUAGUGCUGUUGCUAAAGGAGCUGUCUGUUUGGAUGGCAGUGCACCUGCAUAUCAUAUAGAUAAGGGAUUCGGGGCAGGAAUCGACAAUUGGUUGGUUUUCUUCGAGGGAGGAGGAUGGUGCAACAACGUCACAAAUUGCCUUGCCCGUAGAGAUACUCGUUUAGGUUCCUCCAAGCAAAUGCUGAAACUAGAGACUUUCUCCGGGAUGUUUCACAACAAGCCAAAAUAUAACCCUGAUUUCUAUGAUUGGAAUAGGAUCAAGGUCCGGUAUUGUGAUGGUUCUUCCUUUACUGGUGAUGUGGAAGCAGUUGAUCCUAAAACCAAUCUUCACUUCAGAGGAGCAAGGAUAUUCCGUGCGGUUAUUGACGAUUUGCUAGCAAAAGGGAUGAAGAAUGCUAAGAAUGCCAUGCUCGCUGGCUGUUCAGCUGGUGGGUUGACUUCCAUUUUGCAGUGCGAUAAUUUCAGAUCGCUCUUACCUCCAACCACUAAAGUGAAAUGCCUUUCUGAUGCUGGUUUUUUCAUUAACGCGAAGACUGUUAUAGGAACAAGUCACAUUGAAGGCUUCUAUGCUGAUGUUGUUAAGACACAUGGAUCGGCUAAAGUUCUAUCUCCUGCUUGUGUUGCGAAAUUGGGUCCUGGAUUGUGCUUUUUCCCACAAAACAUGGUGCAAUACAUCAAAACACCAAUUUUCUUGAUAAAUGCGGCUUAUGAUUCAUGGCAGGUAAAGAAUAUACUGGCUCCAGGAGUUGCAGAUCGCAAAGGUACAUGGCGCGAGUGCAAACUUGACAUAACAAAGUGUUCAUCUGCUCAACUCAAUAUCCUGCAAGGGUACAGGUUGGAGUUCUUGAAGGCACUGAAUGGAUUUGGCAACUCCCUUUCUAGAGGAAUGUUCAUCAACUCUUGCUAUUCCCACUGCCAAACUGGAAUUCAAGAAACAUGGUUGAGAAACGACUCGCCAUUGUUGGGUAACACGACAAUUGCGAAAGCAGUCGGAGACUGGUACUAUGAGCGGAAUGCAUUUCAAAAGAUCGACUGUCCAUACCCGUGUGACAAAACAUGCCACAAUCGUGUUUUCGACUAGACGUUGACAUCAUGAGGUUGUGGAUUCUCAAGAAUGUCCACGACGAACGUAAAGUUAUGCGAACGAGAUAAGAUAUGUUUCCACACACAUUUGUUGAUGCGGGUUUUUGCACGGCUGCGUAUAUCGGAAGGUUUUCAAGAUCCAAAAAUGGUGAAAGGAAUCUGAUUUCAGUUAUAGUUAUACAAAAUUUGAAAUGAAAUAAGGGAAGAUCACCAAUGUGUUGUGUUGUUGGUGUGUUCCUUUGUAAUUUGGAUGAUUGUAAUCAAUAAAUGUGGUUCUUAUUUGAUUUUAUG